AUGGAAGAUAGUAUUAAUCAAGAAGCAACUGCUGAUAACAAUGCUUCUGUGAAUAAUAACAUGCCUGCCGAUACUCCUAUUCCGAAUGAUGCUGCUAAUCCUAAUUCCCGUAGUGCUAACGAUAGUCAUUCACAAGGUUCUUCUAACCUUAGGGGAAAAACAUAUUUAGCUUGGAAAUAUGUUGCUCUACAACACGUGAAUGGAAAACCACAAUAUCAAUGUUUAUUUUGUCAACAUGUUUUCAAUGGAGGUGGAAUUCACAGGAUGAAGAAACAUCUAGCAAAGAUUACUGGAGACGUGAAAAAAUGUCCUAAAGUUCCAUAUGAUGUGGAAAAACAGAUGGAAAGUUUGUUGAAAGAUAUUCAGGCCAGCAAAAAGAAAAGAAAAGUAAGUUUUGGUGAAGAGGGUGGUGAUGAGGUAGAGGAUGCAAUUGAUGAGGCAAUAGCUCAAGAAGAACAGGAACAGCAGCGUACCUCGAGUCAGCAAGGAGUUGAAGGCGAUCCAAAGAAAAAAGCCAAAGUCAUUCCUCCUAUGUUUGCACCAAGAACAACUCCAGGAGCUCAACCAAGUAUUAAAAGUGUUAUGCAAAACAAAGAGGCGAUACACGAGGUUGAUAAACGAUUUGCUCGGUGGCUUUUGGAUUGUAAAAUUCCAUUUAAUGCUGUGAUGUCGCCAUAUUUCCAAGAUAUGUUAGAUGGUGUUGCUGGUAUUGGACCUGGUUACAAGGGGCCUUCUUAUGAUAAGUUAAGGGUUCAUUUGUUGGCUGAUCUUAAAAGAGAAAGUCAAAUGCUAGUUGAUAGUUAUAGGAGUGCAUGGAAGGAAACUGGAUGUACCCUCAUGGCUGAUGGUUGGACAGAUCAAAGACAAAGAACGUUAAUCAAUUUCUUGGCUAUUGUUCUAAAGGUGAUUGAAUGGAUUGGCCCAAAUAAUAUUGUGCAUGUUGUGACUGACAAUGCGGCCAAUUAUGUUGCUGCUGGUAGGCUUAUCAAUAGAAAAUAUGAUAAUAUCUAUUGGUCACCAUGUGCUGCUCAUUGCCUUAAUCUUAUUUUAAAAGAUAUAAGCAGCAUGGCGCAUAUUUCUAACCUUGCAACUCGUGCUUCAAAGAUCACAGUAUUUGUGUACAAUCAUACGGUUUUCUUAUCUUGGCUAAGAGAAAGACCUAAGUGGAGAGAAAUCGUACGUCCUGGUGCAACCCGGUUUGCAACUGUGUUUAUUACAUUGAACAACAUCUUUGACCGUAAAAAGGAGUUGCAACAAUUGGUUGUAGAUUCAAUUUUCACUGAUCACAAAUUAGGAAGGAGUGCUACUGGUAGAGCUGUGAGUGCUAUUAUUCUGGAUGCAAAAUUUUGGGACGAUUGCUUUACUGUAUGUAAACUUGUGAGACCUCUGAUUUACUUGCUGAGGGUUGUUGAUGCUGAUGACCCCCCAUCUUUGGGGUAUGUUUAUGAAGGAAUGCUAAGGGCAGAAGAUGCAAUUAAGGAGAUGUUUAGGCAAUCCAAGACUGCAUAUCAGCCGUACACAGAUAUUAUCAACUCAAGAUGGGACAAGCAUUUGAAGAAAGAUCUUCAUGCGGCAGCUUACUUCCUGAAUCCUAAAUUCUUUUUAAUGAAAAUUAUAAAGAAGCACCUGAUGUUAUGCGAGGCAAUGAAAGAAAUACAUUUAUAUAGAGAUCGGAAGGAAAGUUUUGAUAGACAAGAAGUUAUUCCAGCUGCAUCUGAACUUAAGCCUGGAAAGAAUAUGAUGAAUGGUGGAGGUUAUUUGGAGGCUCUGCUCCAUGUCUACAAAAGAUAG